AUGAGCGGAAAGAAAGAAGUCAAAGCCCCAAAAGUUGUUGAAGCUUUAUCAGCCAAAAUCCCAUGUGGUCCAAGUGAAUUAGUCUUUGGUGUUGCCCAUAUCUUCGCCUCAUUCAAUGAUACCUUUGUCCACGUCACUGAUUUAUCCUCAAAAGAAACCAUUGUUCGUGUUACUGGUGGUAUGAAAGUUAAAACCGAUCGUGAUGAAUCUUCACCAUACGCUGCCACCAUGGCCGCUCAAGAUGUCGCCCUCCGUUGUAAAGAACUCGGUGUCACUGCUCUCCAUAUUAAAUUAAGAGCUACCGGUGGUAAUGGUUCAAAGACCCCAGGUCCAGGUGCUCAAUCUGCCCUCAGAGCUUUAGCUCGUUCAGGUAUGAGAAUUGGUCGUAUUGAAGAUGUUACCCCAAUUCCAACUGAUUCAACCAGAAGAAAGAGCGGUCAUCGUGGUAGACGUUUAUAA